UUUUUUUUCUAGCUUGCUUAUGACUGAAAUUAAAAUUUUAUUUUAUUUUAUUUUCUUUUAUAUCCCCGAUUUUUUAACGAAUUAAUUUAUUUAAUAUGGAACAAGAAAUAAAUGAGGAUGAUACCGUAUCCAAUAAUGAUCAAGAGUCAUUAUUAGAUUCUUCUUUACAAGUUCCACGUUCCGAUAUAGAAAAAAAUUUAUUUGCAAAUAAAGUAAGAGAUAUGAUGAAUAAUGGAUAUUCCUUUGGUAAUGAUAAAAUAGUAGAUGAGUCGAUUGACACAAUUCAUAAUAAUAAUGUGCAUAAUUCUGAUAUCGAUGAACAAAAUGAUACCUCUAAUUCCGAAGAUGAUGAUACCAGCGACUCUCAGGUCAAGAAUUAUGAUGACAUUCCAUCUACACCAGGACAUAAUCGUAUUGAUAAGGAAAAGGAAUAUAAAUCUAAUUAUAGAGAACAAAAGGAUGAACUUACUCAUCGUCCAAAUUAUCAAGA